AUGUCACAACAAUAUAUUGCAGAAUUAGAUCAAUUACAGAAAGAAAUUAGUAAUAAACAACCAUCGGAUAUUUUACAAUUUUGUUUUGAUUAUUUUAAUAAUAAAUUACAACAACGAAAUACAACCAAAAAUAACAAUGAACCAAGUUUUAAAUCUCCAUUUGCUAAUGAUCCACAUAAUACAAAAGAAGUAGAUCCAAAAACUAGUAAACCUAUUCCUACUAGUUUUAAUGCUAAUAGGAGAACAAGCGUAAGUGCAGAAGCUUUAAAUCCUGCUAAAUUAAAACUGGAAAGUUGGAAACCACCAACUAAUAAUUUAUCAACAACAGAAGAAGAAGAAUUGGCAAAUAAUUUAAAAAAUAAUUUUUUAUUUAAACAGUUAGAUUCAAGUUCUAAAAAAACUGUAAUUGCUGCAUUACAACAAAAAUCAUUUAAAAGAGAUUCUGUUAUUAUUAAACAAGGUGAUGAAGGUGAUUAUUUUUAUAUAAUUGAAACUGGUACUGUUGAUUUUUACGUUAAUGAUGAGAAGGUUAGCAGUUUUUCGGAAGGUUCAUCAUUUGGAGAAUUAGCAUUAAUGUAUAAUUCACCAAGAGCAGCCACUGCAAUUGCAGCUACUGAUGUUUCAUGUUGGGCAUUAGAUAGAUUAACAUUUAGAAGAAUUUUAGUUGAAGGUACGUUUAGUAGAAGACUAAUGUAUGAAAAUUUUUUAAAAGAUGUUACGAUUUUAAAAGGUUUGAAUGAUCAAGAAAGAGCAAAAUUAGCAGAUGCAUUAAAUUCAGAAAUUUAUAAAUCUGGUUCGGUAAUUAUAAAAGAAGGAGAAAUUGGUGAUAAAUUCUAUUUAAUUGAAAAGGGAAAUUGUGAAAUUAGUAAGCAAGGUGAGUUCAUUAAGAGUAUUUCAAAAGGUGAUUAUUUUGGUGAAUUAGCAUUGUUAAACGAUGUACCAAGACAAGCAACAGUUAAAGCAAAUGAUGGUGUCAUUGUAGCUACAUUGAAUAAAGCAGGAUUUGAAAGAUUAUUAGGAUCAGUUGUUGAACUUUUGAGAAAGCAAGAUCCGACUAAACAGUAA